UAAAUAAGUUUUAGAAGUGAUACAUUCCAUAUUUUUACUUAUUUUUUACAUAUUUUAAUUAUUUUUUGGCAUUGCAGUUGCAAAAACCAAAUAAUUUACUCAAUUCUUCAAAAUUGAGUUGUUUUUUACCAUCAAUUCAAAUCAUUUCAAAUGAUCAAUUCAAUUGCAUAAUUUUAUUAUUAUUCAUAUUUAUAAUCAUGGGAAAACUCCUUUUGUGGAAAAUAUUCUGUAUUCUGUUUCUAAAUUAACGACGCAACCAGAACAAGAUAUUAAUGAUCUCGCGUUCGAGGCAAACAUGAAAUUUGCCCGGCGUGCAUACGCGGAUAUAUUGACGCGAAUGAAAGAGCUCCCUCAAAGACAUAUAAUGAGGCAGCGAAAAUAACGAUAUGCGCCCGAGCGUGCAAUUUCCUAAUGUGGCCAUUUCGCCGGCGGCUGAAAACAUCUUUGAUUAUUCGUGUAAUAAGCGGACGUGGUGCGCGAGUUGCUAAUGGGCACGCGAUCAUCAUUCGGACGCGACUAAGGAACGCGGGAAGGGUCCGGGGCACUUCAGCAUGCGGUGCAGUUUUUACUCUUUCGCAGAGAUUUUCCGCGCUGACUCUCCCCCUUUUUGUUCCGCAACGACCGCAACGUACCUUGCUAACAAAGUGUGUUAAUGGCGCGCGGCUGAUUAAAGGUUUUAAUCCCGAUGUCCGUAACUCUCCGGCCCUUCUCCUUCUUCCAGCGCGCGUUUUCGUCCGAGAAGACAAAAAUAAAAGGCGACGGCUCUUUGUUCGCGACCGACUGUCGAGAGCUCGCCGGUCAUUAAAGUCGAUCUCCGAUGAAAAGUCGCGCCGUCGUAUUGCCUCACUCAGCGCGCGCGAGAGAAACGCAAAAAUGCAUACUGCACUCGCGAGACCGAACCACCUCGAGCAUCGGAAAACGAGAGCGUCUCGUAUUUCUUAUUUUACGGAAGGUAGCGCGCAGUAUUCCGCGGAAAAUGCACAGUAAGUAUCCUCUCUGUCUCCCGAACAUCCGUGGAGAGACUGAAAAUAUAUAUCGCUUAAGGGAAUACUACGAAAUCGAAUAAGAAUACGUAGACAUCGCAGAUCUACGAGCAACGUGAUCGUAACGUUUCGAAAAAAAUCGAUAACAGAGGAGAAGACCCUUAUAAAUACUACGAGUCUACCUUCGAGUCUUUGAGUAUUUGAGUAGAAUCGAUUGAACGUCACAUUGACGAAUGUAGUAGCACGUUUUAAUUUUUUACUUCAAGAUAUUGAUUAUUAGUUACCACCUUUUCUAUUUUUAUCACUUAUUACUUAUGCAGUAACGCUGUAAUAAAUAAACACCGCUGUUAUUCCGAGUAAUUUUUACAAGAAAACUCUUCUGACGAUUAAAAAUUAAAACAUAUAUAAAUUUUUGUCAACAAGCUUAAUUAAAAAUAUUAUUCGUUGAUAAGAUCGAUUGAAACGGUCGUAGAAUUAAGAUAACAGGGAGCCAUUUUUAUCCGCGCUCGAGGAAAUUACACGACGUCGACGUACUUUACGACGUACUUCUCUUUUUUCUAAUUUAGAUAAAUAAGUGCGAAAAUGAGCGGCAAAUCCCGCGGAUACUUAGCGUAAAUGUCACCCACGUUUGCGUAAUUUCCGGUCGAGUUAAGAGAAGCGUAGGCAAUCCAUUUUCCGUAGGUGCGAGCGCUUUAACGACGCUUCGACGAUAAGAACGCGUUGAUGGAACAAUUUUGCAACCAACGCGCUUUGGGACUGGGAUAUAAAGGGCUCGUUCGCGCGUCCUGAGACUCGUCGCAAUUCUGUUAAACGCGCCAUCCAACAUGAAACGACUUCUUCUCUUCGCGUUGUUAAUAUACACCGUUUCGGCCCUCUCAUGUGUCGCUCACGACAAGAAGGGAAAGCCGGAUAUUCAAGUAAUCGAGGUGGACGAUUCAAGCAAAGGAGGAAGGGCGGACAUUCAAAUCAUCGACGUGGACGAUUCAAGCAAAGGGUCCGGAAGCUCAGACAUUCAAGUGAUCGAAGUGGACGACUCAAGCAAAGGAUCCAAUGAAGUUGUGGCUUUGCACCUACCGAACAGACGGAGAAGAGAAGUCACCAAGAGUAAGAAGAAUAAGCACAUCUGCAAAAAGGAUAGUGAUUGCGGUCCAGGAUAUAUCUGUUUGGCAAAUGUGGCCUGCGUGAAAGGGAAGAGGCGAAUUAUAAGUUCUGUAAAAGUGAAGGAUAAAAAUUAAAAAACUGGACAGCGCAGCAGAGGGGUGAUGAUGACGCAACGCGUUUCCGUGCAUGACGACAAUAUGCCGGGGAAAUUUUUUUGAUGGAGUAACCUCACUGCCCUCGCCGAACAAUAAGCGCCCUCGCAUCAAUCGAAUGAUCGAUUUCCCAUCAUUGCCAAUAUCCAACGGAUAUCUGUUUGCUUAUCUGUAUUUCGCACCGAUGAAAUUUCCCACUGUACAUCCGUCCAUUGUCAACGUAUGAAUAUAACAUAAACCCAAAAAUAUCGGACAUUUAAUGGCGACCCAGCCGUGGCCGCGGACGCAUGUAGUAAAGCGGUUAAGUUACAUUUUACACGCGGAUUCAGGACGCCAAGCGAGCGGGGAUACGACCAGCGUAAAAGCUCUCCGCCCCUUCUCCGCCUUCAGAAAAAAAAAAAACAAACAGUCGGGGAAACAUAUGGCGCCGUACGAUAGGGACUCAUUAACGGCAGAGAAACUGAGCAAUUCGAGUGAGGAGCCGUAAGAAAGGAGGGUUAGCCCUCUCUCGUCGUCGUAAAUUUAGUGGGAACAACUGGUUUCGCCUGCAAGCUCCGCUUGCAGCCCCAACCGCAACCCCGAUUCGAAACGCCGUGGCGCCAUCGAAAAAUCUUCCUGUGCAUUAGAGAUUUACACCCGAAAUCAAUUAGCACCUCGUUGACACGGAUGAGACCGCACGAUCCGCACGAGUACAGCUUUUAUUGGGGAAACUAUUAGAUAUUGACGACGUGCGGAUUGUGAAAGUUGGUCUCGAUAUCAUUUGGGAAAUUGUCGUCGGCACGACAAACUUUCGGUGUAGGUGGUAGCUGUUGUGAUGUAUGUUAAUGAUAAAUAUUACAGGUGGUGGUUAAACUAAUAAAAUAUUAUAACAAAAAUUGUAGAGAAUUAACCAGAUAAUAAUGUAAAAUAAAUGUCACAUAUCUUAAAGUUACAUGCGUUUCUGUUUAAAAGCCUAUCAAGUAUUCAUCUGAUGCAUCUGCUCUGCGCAUUUGGCGGUGCAAAAAUAAAUGUCUUGUCCAAUAACGCACGGAGAAUCGGUCAGGGAGGGAAAUCAUCGGCCUCGGCGAGAAAGCAGCUAGUCGGUGUCUCGUAAAACCUCACGAAACUCAACGGCGGUGCGCGAAAAGAUUUACGAUUCCAGCAAGAAGAAGAAGCGUAACAUUCGUAAUAUCCUUUCUUCGUGAAGAGAUGGCCGGUGAUUUUUCAUCCGGGGGUCAUUCUUCUCUCGUCACGAAGUUUCGUUUAAUUUUAUUUUAAUACGGAAAAAAUGAAUUCCCCCACCCCUCCCUCUUUCCGUAACAUGCGUAAACGGCGAACCGAGAGCUCGAGGAGAUUCACGAGGGAGAGACACGAUCGUAAAUAUUUGCGUAACUCAUUGGCUCCGCGUCUGGUAGCCAAAUUUCGGGCGCGUCAAAAUAUUUAAAACCGCAAUUAGCAUGAGAUUCGCCUUUAAUGCUGUGAUCGGAGGGACCGUCUUUCUCGCUUGUCAUUUUCUGCCCGCGGAAAAGCGACUUCCGCUAUUUCACAUGAGAUAUCACGAAGACACAUUUUUAACAUUAAUCUGUCAGGCAGGAAUCAGUCCAGACAGCAUCAUGUUCUACAUCGGGACAGAAUACUAGUGUUAAAGACAUAAAUUGAACGUCUUUUAGAUACCGUAUAGUAAAAUUUUUUUUAAAGACAUCUGUGAGAAAAGUAGGACAUUUAAAUUAAUAUGUUGAUUGACAUUUCCAUGACAUAUUAGCGUUCCUAAAAUGGAUUUCACAGAGCUUUUAUAACUCAUAAA